AUGGCAGAAUUUGGAGGGAAAUGGAGGGGUUUGAGAUCGGUGUUAAUGGUUUUGUUCAACUUUUUGUUAGCUUUUGUGUUUGUUUCAGCUGAGAGAGGCUUGAAACGGGAAGCAACAUCUACAAGAAUGAAUGAAACAAGAGAUUUUCUGUCAAGUUAUGUUCUCAAAGCUGUGAAUUUUUUAUGGCAGCCUGAUCAAAAAGGUUAUCAACAUGUUUGGCCGGAAAUGAAAUUUGGUUGGCAAAUUGUUUUGGGUUCAAUUAUUGGAUUCUUUGGAGCUGCUUUUGGGAGUGUAGGCGGUGUUGGUGGUGGUGGCAUUUUUGUUCCCAUGCUUACCCUGAUUAUUGGGUUUGAUCCUAAAUCUGCAACAGCUAUUUCUAAAUGUAUGAUUAUGGGUGCAGCAGCCUCAACUGUUUACUAUAAUCUUAAGCUGAGGCAUCCGACACUUGACAUGCCCGUUAUUGACUAUGAUUUGGCUCUGCUCAUCCAACCAAUGCUUAUGCUUGGAAUUAGUUUAGGUGUUGCUUUCAAUGUUAUUUUUGCAGACUGGAUGGUCACAAUACUGCUCAUCGUUCUUUUCUUAGGUACCAGUGCCAGGGAAGUGGAAUACAAGCCCCUUCCUGGUGGCCCAAGCAACGACCCUCUAAAGGACUCCAAGGAACAAGUGGUCACUAUUCUUGAGAAUGUUUACUGGAAGGAACUUGGACUUCUUGUUUUUGUUUGGGUUGCAUUCCUCGUGCUGCAGCUUGCAAAGGAGGGUACAUCUACCUGUUCGAUAGCAUAUUGGGUGCUGAACUUGUUACAGAUCCCAGUUUCUGUUGGGGUGUCACUGUAUGAAGCAGUUAGCCUGUACAGGGGAAACAGAAUAAUUGCAUCCAAGGGAAAUGAAGGCACAAAUUUUACUGUCCUUCAGCUUGUGACCUAUUGUCUAUUUGGUGUACUAGCUGGAAUAGUUGGUGGGCUGCUGGGAUUAGGUGGAGGAUUUAUCAUGGGUCCACUAUUUUUGGAGCUCGGAGUACCUCCUCAGGUCUCUAGUGCAACUGCCACCUUUGCAAUGACUUUCUCGUCAUCCAUGUCUGUUGUAGAAUACUACCUUCUGAAACGUUUUCCUGUUCCUUAUGCUGUUUACUUUGUAGCUGUUGCUACAUUUGCUGCCUUCGUAGGCCAGCAUAUUGUCAGAAGGUUGAUCAUUAUGUUUGGAAGGGCAUCUCUUAUCAUCUUCAUUCUAGCUUUCACCAUAUUUGUCAGUGCAAUUUCUCUGGGCGGUGUUGGCGUAGUUAACAUGAUCGGAAAGAUUCAUCGUCAUGAAUAUAUGGGAUUUGAAAACCUCUGCAAGUAUAAUGGCUAG